AUGGCGGUUUCAAAAUUACCUAACGAAUGUUUACAAAUAAUUUUUAAUGACAUUGAUGAUCUAAAAACAUUACACUCCGUUAUCCUCGUUAAUCGUAAUUGGUGUCAAAAUUGCAUUAAACGACUAUGGAAAAAACCGUUUAGAACUAGCACUGAUCAGGAUAAACAAAUCAAAAUUUGCCCUAUUUUAAUUCAAUUCAUCAUAUUCGAUGAAGAAUUAAAAGUUAAAGAAAAGUUGAUAAAUGGUUAUUAUAAAAAAUAUAAAAAAGCAAAUCCCAACCCUUCUCAAUGUUCAUUUGACUAUCCAAGCUUUAUCACCGACAUUGAUUUAGAUCGUAUUAUCCAGGUUGUUUCAUUAUUUGUGCAAUUGAAUAAAAAUAAACUUUAUCUUAUUCCAGGACAUAAGAAAAUUCCGAAAAUUGAUCAAAUUUUAACCUUUGUAUUGAUCAUGUUAAGAGUUAUGGUAUUAAGAGGAGCAAAUAUUAAACGUUUUAUAAUUAGUCAGAAUGAAAAUUAUAUCUGUAUGAUUCUAACUAAUGAAUUUGCUCUUGAACAAUGGAACGAAGCAAAAGUCAAAAUCGAAAACAUUCUUUCUAUCUUCCUGACGAUGGAUGCAACAAAAAGAUGUCUUAAAAACUUGAAAAAUUUUAUGUGUGAUAUGUGUGAUAUGUUAAUAGAAAACUCAAUGAUCUUAUCGAGUUUAAUUUCUAUAUGUACUAAAUUACAGGAAAUUAGGAUUCAAAAUUAUUCUCAUAGUUUAACUAAUGAUUCCUUGAUAUCCUUAAUACAACGUCAAAAAAGUUUGGAAUUCUUGCAUAUUCAAGGUUCAUUAUAUCAUUCAAAUUCAAAUAUCACACAAUUGGUUUUAUCAUUGGAAAAAAAUGCUAGUUCAUAUAAGAAAAUUAUACUUGAAGGUGGAUACGUUGAUAAUGACUGUGCAUUUAAAUCUUUGAUGAAUUGCAAGGAUCUCGAGGUUUUACAAAUCAAAGAUGUAAAAAUCUCUUACAAAAAUUUGGAAAUAUUGGAUUUUGCGGAAUUUCCGAAACUAAAAUGUUUGAGCUUUAUUAAUACGGAACUUGAGAAUAUGGGUCCUAGCUUAGCAAAUCCGUUUAUUGCAAUUAUUAAAAAUGAAAAGAUCACAUCAAGACUACAAAAACUUCAUUUAAUAGGAUUUCUAGAAGUGGAAAAUUAUAAUCUGUUGAAAACUUUGGCAGAAAAUUUUAAAAAUUUGAACGACUUGAACGACUUGUGUGUUCAAAUUACGAGAAAGGAAGAAAUACCGCUUUUAAUUUUAAUUUUGGAAAAUUGUUUGAUGAUUAAACAAAUCAGAUUGGUGAAUCCUAUUUCAACUUAUAACUUUAACGCGUUCAAGAUCUUUAUUAGAGAAUGGUCUGCAGAACAAGAAAAAACGAUGUUAAGAAUUGAGGAUCAGGGAGCUCAUAUUUAUGUUGAAUGGGAAUAA